UUUCUGCUCCCUCCCCUUCAGUCGUCCCCUCCCCUCCUCUCAGGCUCGCAUUGGGGCAGCUAGCAUCGGCGUGGAGUAGCACUGAACCCACGACACCCGAGACGCACUGCAGUUAAAACAACUCACAUUAAAUUCACUUUCAUUAACGUCCCUUUCAAGUCCAAAUAAACAUGGCUAACUAUCACAAGCCCGACGAGAAGACCCUGCAGGGGCUGAAAGACGUCGCUAACAAGCUACGGAUCAACUCCAUUAAGGCAACAUGCGCCUCUAACUCUGGGCAUCCAACAUCAUGCUGCAGUGCAGCAGAGCUUAUGUCUGUGCUCUUCUUCCACGCCAUGCGCUACAAAGCAGACGAUCCUCGUAACCAGUGCAAUGACCGCUUUGUUCUCUCCAAGGGUCACGCUGCGCCCAUCCUGUAUGCUGUCUGGGCAGAAGCAGGUUUUGUCAAAGAGUCUGAUCUGGUUAACCUGCGCAAGAUUGACAGUGACCUGGAGGGACACCCCACCCCUAAACUGGAGUUUGUUGACGUGGCAACCGGGUCCCUCGGACAGGGUCUUAGUGCUGCGUGUGGAAUGGCCUACACUGGCAAAUACUUUGACAAAUCAAGUUACCGUGUGUACUGCAUGCUGGGCGAUGGGGAGUGCUCAGAAGGCUCCGUGUGGGAGGCCAUGGCCUUUGCCUCCUACUACAAGCUGGAUAACCUGGUGGCGAUCCUGGACAUUAACCGACUGGGACAGAGCGAGCCUGCCCCUCUGCAGCAUGACAUGGAGACGUACCGCAAGCGCUGCGAGGCCUUCGGGUGGAACACGUACGUCGUGGAGGGACACGAUGUAGAAGAGCUGUGCAAAGCUUUCUGGCAAGCUCAGCAGGUCAAAGAUAAACCCACCUGUAUUGUUGCUAGGACUUUGAAAGGCAAAGGAUUAAAAAACAUUGAGGACAAAGAAAACUGGCACGGAAAGCCCAUUCCCAAAGACAAGUUGGAUGAUGUCCUGAAGGACCUCCAGUCCCAAAUCCAGGUCCCCAACAAGACUCUUAGUCCUAAACCGCCCAAUAACGAUGCAGCUCCUGCAGACCUCAGCACCAUCGUCAUGCCGUCUGUCCCUUCUUACAAAAAAGGAGACAAGGUGGCAACAAGGCGAGCAUAUGGCGAUGCACUGGCCAAACUGGGUCAGGCAAGCCAGAGAGUGGUCGCCCUCGAUGGAGACACCAAGAACUCCACCUUCUCUGAGCUCUUUAAGAAGAAGUUUCCUGACCGUUACAUCGAAUGUUUCAUUGCUGAACAGAACAUGGUAGGAGUUGCUAUCGGCUGUGCUACGCGUGAUCGCACUGUUGCAUUUGCCAGCACCUUUGCAGCGUUCUUCUCCAGAGCCUAUGAUCAGAUCCGUAUGGGAGCCAUUUCUCAGACCAAUGUCAACCUGGUGGGGUCUCACUGCGGAGUCUCCAUUGGUGAGGACGGCCCAUCACAGAUGGCUCUGGAGGACUUGGCCAUUUUCCGCGCCAUACCAUCGUGCACAGUCUUUUAUCCCUGUGAUGGCGUGUCAACCGAGAAGGCCGUUGAACUGGCAGCCAACACAAAGGGAAUUUGUUUUAUUCGAACCAGCAGACCAGAUACUCCCAUCAUCUACUCUCCAGAUGAGAAGUUUGAAGUGGGAGAAGCCAAGGUGGUGCUUCAGUCUGACAAUGACGUGGCGACUGUCAUUGGUGCAGGUGUGACUCUGCAUGAAGCUCUGACUGCUGCCGAGAUGCUCAAGAAAGAAGGAAAAAGCAUCCGUGUGAUUGACCCCUUCACCAUCAAACCCCUGGAUGCAGCUACUGUUCUGGCCAGCGCCAGAGCCACCGGCGGACAGAUCAUCACUGUGGAGGAUCACUACAAGGAGGGUGGUCUGGGUGAAGCAGUCUUAUCUGCAGUGGGUCAGGAGCCUGGAAUUGUUGUGACCCGUCUGGCAGUGACAGGCCUUCCCCGCAGUGGAAAGCCCCAAGAGCUCUUGGACAUAUUUGGGAUCAGCGCCAAACACAUCGUCGCCGCCGUCCGCCAGACCUUCGCAAACUAAAGACCCCUUCAUGCUUUCAUUCCAGUUCCCCUGCAAAUGACCCUUUCACAAUCCCGAUACCCGCUCACCUCUACGCUGCCACCCAGUGACCGUAAACCUGUAGUGUACUAACCCAGUUUUACUUUUGCCGAGGUGAUUGCACUUCUUUAAGUUUUGUUUUAAAAUGCUAACAUCCAGUUUUGCUGGAGGUGUGCACUAUAGCAUCACUGGAUUACAGUUCAACUUUUAUCUUAAGUAAACUUAAAGGCCACCCUGUCUGCAACAUUCCUUCUUUUCCAUUUUUCUUUUCCCAGCACUUCCCUGUCAUUCCUAGAAAACUGAUGAAAAACAUUUAGGGUCAGCUUAAACCGAACCAACCGUUUUACAUUUCCAUUUGUGUCCAGAGUCAUUGUGUUGCUGUGUGACGUGCUGAAUAAAAAAACAAGUUUGGUGAUA